CCUCCUCCGCCCCCUCCCCCCCGCGAUGAUGGGUCGCGAUGGACGCGGUCGGCCAUGAGCGCCCCCGGGCCGCCCCCUCCCCGCAAGGACCCCUCCGGCCGGGGCCUGGGCCUGGCCGUGUGCCUGGGGCUGGUGCUGGUGCUGGCGUGGGGCCCGGGCCGGGCCUGGGCGGGGGGCUCUGCCCCUUCCUCGUCCUCCUCCUCCUCCUCCUCAUCUGGACACAGCUGCCCCUCGGCCUGCUCGUGCAGCCCCCAGCUGAGCAAGGUGGUCUGCACGCGGCGCGGGCUGGGCGAGGUGCCGGCGGGCAUCCCCCCGGGGACGCGGUUCCUGAACCUGAUGGAGAACCAGAUCCGGCGGGUGCAGGCGGACACCUUCCGGCACCUGCGGCACCUGGAGGUCCUGCAGCUGGGCCGCAACGCCAUCCGGCAGAUCGAGGUGGGCGCCUUCAACGGGCUGGCCAGCCUCAACACCUUGGAGCUCUUCGACAACUGGCUGACCGUGGUGCCCAGCGGGGCCUUCGAGUACCUGUCCAAGCUGCGCGAGCUCUGGCUGCGCAACAACCCCAUCGAGAGCAUCUCCUCCUACGCCUUCAACCGCGUGCCCUCCCUCAUGCGCCUCGACCUGGGCGAGCUCAAGCGCCUCAAGUACGUCUCCGAGGGGGCCUUCGAGGGCCUGCACAACCUCAAGUACCUGAACCUGGGCAUGUGCGGCCUGCGCGAGGUGCCCAACCUGGCCCCGCUGGUGGGGCUGGAGGAGCUGGAGCUCUCGGGCAACCACUUCCCGGCCCUGCGCCCGGGGGCCUUCCGGGGCCUGCGCUCCCUGCGCAAGCUCUGGCUGAUGAGCUGCCAGGUGGGCCUGGUGGAGCGGGACGCCUUCGAGGGCCUGGCCGCCCUGGUGGAGCUCAACCUGGCCCACAACAACCUCAGCGCCCUGCCCCACGACCUCUUCGCCCCGCUGCGCUACCUGGUGGAGCUCCACCUGCACCACAACCCCUGGAGCUGCGACUGCGACGUGCUCUGGCUAGCCUGGUGGCUGCGCGAGUCCAUCCCCACCAACUCCACCUGCUGCGGCCGCUGCCACGCCCCCGCCCACCUGCGCGGCCGCUUCCUGCUGGAGGUGGACCAGGCCGCCUUCCGCUGCGCCGCCCCCGUCAUCAUGGACGCCCCGCGGGACCUCAACGUCUCCGAGGGCCGGCCGGCCGAGCUGCGCUGCCGCACCCCCGCCAUGUCCGCCGUGCGCUGGCUCCUGCCCGACGGCUCCGUGCUCAGCCACGCCUCGGCCCACCCGCGCCUGCAGGUGCUCAACGACGGCACCCUCAACUUCUCGCGGGUGCUGCUGAGCGACACGGGCCUCUACACCUGCAUGGUGGCCAACGUGGCCGGCCGCUCCAACGCCUCGGCCUACCUCAACGCCAGCGCCGCCGAGCUCCUCAACACCUCCAACUACAGCUUCUUCACCACCGUCACCGUGGAGACCACCGAGAGCGCCCCCGAGACCCUCUUCCCCAAGUUCUCCAAGCCCGUGCCCACCGCCUCCGCCUCCUCCGCCGGGUACCAGCCGGCCUACACCACCACCACCACCGUCCUGGUCCAGGCCACCCGCCCGGGGCCCCGGCAGCAGGAGCCGGGCGGGCCGGCCCCGGGCCCCGAGGGCGGCAACAGCAACAGCAACGGCAACGACAAGAUGCAGACCAGCCUGGACGAGGUGAUGAAAACCACCAAGAUCAUCAUUGGCUGCUUUGUGGCCGUGACGCUGCUGGCGGCGGCCAUGUUGAUCGUCUUCUACAAGCUGCGCAAGCGGCACCAGCAGCGCAGCACCGUGGCCGCCGCCCGGACCGUGGAGAUCAUCCAGGUGGACGAGGACAUUGCCGCCCCGGCCUCGGCCUCCACGGGCUCGGCAGGGAUGUCGUCCGCCUCGGGCCCCUCCAAGCCGGCGCCGUCGUCGUCGGGCGGAUCAGGUGAGGGGGCAGUUGUACUGCCGGCUGCUAUCCAUGACCACCUUAACUACAACACUUACAAACCCCCCCACGGGGCCCACUGGACAGAAAACUGCCUGGGGAACUCCCUGCACCCCACAGUCACGACUAUUGCCGAGCCGUACAUAAUCCAGACCCACCCCAAGGAGAAAGUGCAGGAGACGCAGAUCUGAGGAUCAGGGGUCCCUUAGUCCGGCAAACUCUAGGCUCCCUGCCACGGGAUGCACAAGACCCCGCACACGCACGGCGGUGGCGGCGGCGGCAGGGGUGGCCUCCAAUUUUGUACAGAGAGGCUGUGGGGAGGGGGCCUCUGGGGGGAGGUGGGGGGAUGGGGUGGCGACGAAGACGGAGACGGUGGCGACACAGGCCUUGGGGGGUUUCUCCUUGUACAUGCUUAUAUAUUAAGUCCUUGGGCCGAGGUCAGAGGAGCAGAGGAUGUGACGAGAGACAGGCAGACAGAGAGAGAGAGGGGGAAGAGGAAGAACACCCUGUCUUUGGACGUGCAAGUUCUAUUUAAAAGGAGGCAGCAAAUAACCUCCCUUACCCCCCCCCCAAAAAGCAGAA